UUUCGCCAAACAUAUUGUGUGCUCGAAUAUUUUUGAUUCGACAAUAAUUAUUUUAAUUGACAACAUAUUUUAAAUAAAAAAUGAAGCGAUUCAUUUGUUUUCUAGUGUUUGUUGCACUCUACGCUUGCUGUAAUGCGAAAUAUUUCAAGACGCAUUGCGAUUUAGUUCAUGAAUUGAGAAAACAAAAUUUUCCUGAAGACCAGAUGAGGGAUUGGGUAUGUCUGGUAGAUAGUGAAAGUGCUCGCCACACUGACGUCAUAGGUAAACCAAACAAGAACGGUUCCAGGGACUAUGGACUGUUCCAGAUUAACGACAAUUUCUGGUGCAGUAAUAGCACUAUACCUGGAAAAGGAUGCCGUGUUACCUGUGCAGAUUUGAUUACGGACGACAUUACAAAGGCGUCAAUUUGCGCGCAUAAAAUCUUCAGGCGCCAAGGAUUUCCUGCUUGGCAUGGCUGGACGAAACGCUGCCAAGGAGACUUGCCUGAUAUUAGUGACUGCUAGCUUUAAAAUAAAUGAGUCUUUAGUAAAUAGAAAAAUAAUAAUAUGUUGACAAUACUAUUUCGAAUUAGGACACAGCAUUGAUUGACUAAUUAAUUAAUAUUUGUUGUCUUGUUUAGUUACAUUUUGCAGGCACCUAAGUUUAGUUUAAGUAGUACAUAAAACUACCUCAAUGACUAUAAUAGGGAUGAUGACAGGAUAAGAAAAUUAAAAAUCGAAUUAGUCCGUCAGAUAAUGAAAAAAUAUUAAACA